CUAUCACGACGCGAAAUGUCUUCGCCAACCAAUGCCAUCCUGACUGGACUCGCUGUAGCUGAUCUUCUCGUGAUGAUCGAGUACAUUCCAUACGCAAGCCACAUGUACCUCUAUCAUCGUUCAAGAAGAGACACCUAUACCUACGGAUGGGCGGUAUUUGUCUUGAUCCAUUCAAUCUUCACUCAAGUCUGUCACACAAUAUCAAUUUGGUUGACAGUGACACUAGCAAUUUGGCGGUACAUUGCAGUUGCCUAUCCCCAGAGUAAUCGUCAGUGGUGCAGUUUCCGGAGAACUAUUAUGGCUAUUGCUGGUGCGUACGUAAUAUGCCCAUUGAUAUGCUUACCCGUAUACUUCACAACCCAGUUAACGUCAAAAAUUGAAGUACUAAAUAGUGAUGGUAAUUCAGUCAAUAUUAGUGUGUACAACGGAACAGAAAUGCUUACCAACGAAACAUUGUGGUUUGUUGACUUGAGUGAAACAAUGAAGACGCAUGGAUUAUUAAAUUUGAUGAAUUUGUGGAUGUACAGUGUUGUAAUUAAGCUCGUACCGUGUCUAGCCUUGACCAUUUUAAGUUUGAGGCUGAUUCUUGCACUCCUAAAAGCUAAGAAAAGGCGCAAGUUAUUGACGAGUAAUAAUGUUUUCAAGAAUAGUGAUGAAAAUGUGGUGGAGAAUUUGUAUGAUAUUAAACCGAGUAAAAAAAAAUCGUCAAGAUUACUGGAUAAAGAGAGACAGACUGAUAGAACCACGAGGAUGCUUUUGGCCGUUUUGCUACUGUUUUUACUCACGGAAUUCCCGCAGGGUGUUCUCGGGUUACUCAGUGUCAUUCUCGGGACUGGAUUCUUCAGGACUUGUUACGUGAAACUUGGUGAAAUGAUGGACAUACUUGCACUGAUAAAUUCAGCGAUAAACUUCAUUCUGUAUUGCGCCAUGAGUCGACAAUUUCGCACAAUAUUCCACCAGCUUUUCUGCACAUGGAAAUUAUUGGGGAGGUGGCUACCAGUACCACAGCAUCUGGAUAAUAACGGUCAUACAGCAACAACCCAUACUAUGACGCAAGUUACCCAGGUCUAGCAUAGGCGUAACCGGCGAACAUAUUGCUAUCCGCUAUAGGUGAUCCCAUUACAAACACUAUCUCCACCUAUCGGAGCGAAAAACGUCAGUAAA